UUAUAUGUCUCAUUUAAUUCGAUUUCCCACGCAAAUAUUAUAAUAAUAAUAAAAUAAUCUUGUUCCUGAAGUUUGCGCAUCGGUAUUCGAUUUGUAAUAUCCUGAAAUUAUUUCAAAGAGUUAAAAGAAUAAAAGUGACUAAAAUUGUAAGUCUGAAAUCAUACCUCCCAACUCUCUUCUUGUCACUUUCUAUGUUUCUUUCUUUAUCUUACUAUUCCCUCAAAAAGAGCCAAGCAAUUACUGAAAGUAACAGAAAGUAUUUUUUUCUUGAAUAAAUUAUAGCAUCCGCAAUCAUAAGUGUUUUGUUCUUUCGUUUUGUUCGAUUGUCUCCUUCGUUCUGUUUUAUUGUCUCCUUGAUUUCACAACCGAAAAUAAAUCAUUAAAAAAAAAACAUUCACAAUAUUUAGAAUUCAUUUUUGUCUCUAUCGUUUUAAUCGUUCAAUCUAAUAGUACAGAGGCGGCGGAGUUGGUAGGAAGUUUCAGUCCUCACCCCUUGCAGCAAACAUGUACAAAAAAUCCGAAGUCUAUAUAAAUUUCUGAUUUUUUUUCGGCCGGUCCACUCCCUACCACAUUCAGUAACGAAAACAAUUUUUUCCCCAUAUGAAUCUUUUCUACCACGCUAUUCGCCGGUAAAAAAAAAGGAGAAAGAAAUUGGCAAAAACGUAGGAAAUUCAAUAAAAAUUGGGUCGGUAUCAACAUUUUUUUUUUUGGAGGGGGGGGGUGUAGGUUACACAUGAAUAAAAGUUUGUAGGAUUGAGAGGGUUCUAUCGGGUGACACGCCAGACAAACGUGUUUUCUUUGUAGGGGGUGCCUUAGCGUAAUUUCUCAUCCUGUAUCAUUCUAUUUCCUCCAAGUUCGCGCUAGGAAACUUUUAGUUCAUUAUUGGUUUUAUCAUUUGAAGUGAUUAUGUUUCCGUCAACUUUUCAAUGCAAAAGUUUUCAUCUGGGAGAGAAAAGGAAAUAAGAUGAAGAGCUUCUAACACCUAACCUAUAAUAAAUUCAUUCUGUAAAAUGAUGUGAAUUAAUAAAUUGUAAUAUUUUAGCCGCUUCAUCCCCGUCCCACAGCUCAACCCCUGAACCAUAAAAAACAUUGCUGUCCCUGUAUAAUAUCUUUUUCCAAACAUUUUGGUUUAGAUGCAAACCAUGGUAAGCGCCCUAAAUGCGAUUUUUUUUGGGGGUCGUAACGGGGAAAAAAGGGGCCAGGACAGUCUUCUUCUUAUCUUUUCCACCGCGUUACUCGCAAUUAAAAAACAGAAAAUCGGAGAGAGGAGACAAACAAGCAAUAUUUAUUAGAGUGUAGGUCAGAACAUUUCCAUCGGGGGAGGGGGAGGGUCAAACAAGAACAAUGAUAAACAGUCAUCGGUUUAGCAAGGGUCUGAAGACCGAGUUGCAACAAAUAAACGUUGUGGGAUUUUUUAAAGUAAUCUAACCAAAAAAUAAAGUCAUGUUGUCAUUCGUUUAAGUAGCUAUUCAUGCAUGGAAUUUUAGCAAAAGCGCACUUGUCUGUUCCCCCUUUUAUCACUGUAUCUCAUUCUCUCUCGUUAUCCCUGACAUUUGGACAUAUUUUUUCGAUAAUUUCCCUAAAUAAUUAUUCGUUCAUCCUUAUAUGCAUCAUCACCCAGGGGAAGCGCCUUUAUGCAAUAUGAAUCACUGACGGAUGUCAUAAGCACCUGUGUUGUCGGUAAACGAGACCUUUUUUUGUAGAUACGGUAUGUUGGUCGAAAAAAAAGAUUCAUAAAAGCUUUUUGUAUUGCUAAGUACGAAAAGCGUUCAAUGGGUCAUCCUGCCGAUAAACACUAAUCUUCCUUUUGUUCGGGGCGUUGACCAUCUGUAUCCUGCUCUUUUCGGAAGGAAUUUGCUUGAGUGGCCGCCCAGACAUUCUUUUGUUCGGGUAGUGCAGAUAUCAUGAACUACAUGGACGUUCCCCUUUUGAAAAAAGCAGAAGAUGAAUGGUGUGCUAAACUGCUUUCUUUUCUCUUUUUUUUCAUAAUAGUAGACAAAAAAUAAUGAGAAGAAGAGGGAUGAUGGGGAGGGAAAAAGUUCAAAAGUGCACCGAGAUCAGCUCAAAGUACUAAGACAUUACAAGCUUUUUGCUUUUCUGAAAAUGCAAUAAAUCGAUGAAACCAUGGAGAUAUCAUUCUAUCUAGAGUGAUAUCUUCUUGAUUAAACAAAUAAGACGAAAAUGGUGAAUAAACGCGUAGCUCAUUACGUGACGAUCUUGCAGAAAAGAUGUUAGCGUAUAUCUAUCAGAACAACGAUAUGGAUCAAAUCACGUGAUCGGAAAAAAAAUCACGUGAUCAGGCCUUAUGCGCGCGCGUACGUGCUCGUCACAAAAUUUAUCCUUCCCGUCCGACUCCAACGAAAAAAUCGGGUAAAGUUGAAAUGAUUUCCUAUUUUCGGGAUUUUUCCCCACGUAGCUGUAUAUUUUUUUCAAUCUGUUAUCGAAAUAGGUUUAUAAAGUAAAUAGUGGCAGAGGUUUUAGUACAUAACAAUUACGAAAAAGCUGAAAAACUUCAUUGAAUUAAACCAAACAUUUCUCGGCUUCUGUAGAAGCCCGUCGUAGCUAAGUGAAUGACUCGCUGGGCUUCUGUGGAAGCCCGUCGCACGCAAAGGGUUAAAUGUCAAUGCAUAAGUAUUGACUUACGCGCAUGGGCGGACAAGCGAGACGAGUUGUCUAUAAUGACACCAUUCCAAUUUUCCGUGAUUGACAUCAACACGAUAUGAUGUUUGGUUAGAGGUGCUAUGUUCUAAAUGCUCGAACAAUAUCGACCAUCACGUACAUCUCCUUUAUGGAGAUUCAUACUACCUCAUUUUGGCUCAUGAUUUUGAUACUGUAAUUUAGCGAGUUUCUGAAGAAAAAGGAAAAAAAUAUGGAGCGAUCUUAUGGAGCACACGCGGACCUGAAUUACAUGAAAACAUUCGGUUUUGUAUGGAUUUCAAAAGUUUGAUUCUGCCUGGCUUCAGCUUCGAAAUUACGCGUGGUCGUUUCUUUAAGCGACAUGCACAUCAUUUGGCCAUCAUUUUGCCAUUCUCAAGAAUGUGGAAAAAGAAAUGUCAGAGACAUCAUUCUGAUGAAGGCUCUUAGUUUAUGUCACUUUUUGUACUCGUAAACGAAGGCCUCGAUCUGUAUUCAGAUACAAAUUCUGUCUUUUCUUCAGGUUAACUGCAUGGAUCAUAUCCUGUUGGGUCAUCGUCAGACUUGCAUUUCACUGGUUCACAUCUCCAGUUCCAAUCCAGGCAAUCCUCGAAGCUGUAGACACUGGUGUUUCGAAUGUCGGCAGUGAACUAUGGAAUUAAACGAAAAUUCCACUUUUCCGAAUGAUGACGGUUAUCCUCAGGAUGGAAAUUACGGAACACCUGCUCACCCAGUAGCAUGGCUCGCUACUGUCCCACUGACUACUUCCGUGAUAAGUGCUGUGACCACGAUCGGCAACAUCAUGGUGAUUGUGGCAUACUGUCGAGACAACCGCAUCCAGUCCAGUGCGGCCAACCUGCUCAUCUUAAACCUUGCAGUUACGGACUUGACAGUGGGUGCCCUCUUGUGGCCCAUCAACAUCGCGUGGCUGAUCAAGGAGUUCUGGCCUUUCGGUGAGAUUCUCUGCAAGGUAUGGUUGGUCACUGACUACACUGUGGCGUCGAUGUCUGUUGUAACCCUGGUCCUGAUUAGCUGGGACCGGUACUGUCUGUUGGUGAUGGGGGUGCGGUAUCGAACACUCCAGACCAAGAAGCGUAUCGGAGCAAUCAUCUGCAUUUCAUGGGUCGUGGAAUCACUUUGGUACAUUCUGACUGUUUGUGCUUGGAGUCCAAUCACAGGACACUACGAGGUGGAUUAUGCAUUUGAGUGCGACUCGGAAGCGAAGUCCAGUCUUGCCCUGACACUGGUCCAAAACUCCAUCCAGGUCUACAUUCCAUUUGCAAUCCUGAUAGCUUUGAACCUUGCUGUUUAUUACAAUAUCAAAAGGAGAUCCAGAGGGAUCGUUGGACAGAGUCCUGGGAACGAAUUAUCCACACGUCAGGCAACUAAAGGAGAAGGAUCUCCAUCAGCAGAAGGUCUAGAUGGACAAGAUAGGCCUACUCUGUCUGAUUCCCAACGCACUUCCGCUAACGCUCCUGAAGGGAUUGGCAUAAAGGAACACUUAAACGGAAGCGCAUCAAUCCGUCAACGACAACAGCCCAAAGGAGAAGUGCUAUCGAAGGAACAGACCUUUGCCCGACAUCGCAAAGCAGCUGUGGUUCUUGCCAUCCUUGUAGGAUGUUUCCUGAUCUGUUGGUUGCCUGUCCAGGUUACCAGUAUCAUGUACGCCAUCUGCGGCAAGAAAUGCGUUUCCUGGCUCGCCCUCGACAUCACAAAUACACUAGUGUGGGGAAACUCUAUGAUAAAUCCUUUUAUUUACGCCGCCACCAACAAACAUUUUCGUCGAAGUUUUCGGCGUUUUCUACUCAUUGAUCGCUGGCCCUGA